AUUUAAAGCUUUCCUUUAUUGAGACUUGUUCAUUAUUGGACCAGACGUUUAAUGAAGCUUAAAGGAAAUCAAGGAUUGGCCUGUUAUAUUGCUUCAGAAUUAGGUAGUUUGUAAUAUAUUACUGCUGUGCUAAGAACAACAAACAUGACCUGGUUUUAUGAUGAUUUAGACUUGACCUAUUGAGAUUUGGACCUAGACUAACUAAUGAGCAGAGAGAUAACUAAGAAAUUAGACAUUUUGGAGUUUUCACUUGAUCCUAUAGGAUUGUGAUUUUUUUACCUCAUAUUAUGGAACGUUCUAAGGGAACAAAUAUCAUCCCAAGUGGUCAGCAACAGUAUAACAGGUCACUGGCCUCAACCCAAAAUAACAGAUCCCCAGCUACACCCACACAAUAUAGCAGGUCCCAAAUAGAGUCACAACAAAAUAACAACUCUCCAGUGGUAUUGUCACCAAAGUACAAUAAUGGGUUCCCAGAAACAAGUCUGCAAUACGACAAUGUGUCACCACAAUUAAAGUUCACUCCACAGAAUUACGACAAUGUGGCACCUCACAUAGUGACACUAGAAUCUGUGAAUCCUACUGUUCGAAACAUAAAAGUGAACAAUGUCAGCCAAACUAUAACACAGACAGUGCCAACAAAUAUAACAAGCCCAAAACUAAAGACUCCUCCACCUGUGUUUCCAAAACCCUCCUCCCCAAGAUACCAGACCUCUAGAGCACCCCCUGUCCCCAACCACCAAGAGAAUACUCGGGGGAACCAACGCCCCACCCUUGCACCCCUCAGCAUAAAUGGGGUACAUCCUCAAGGAGAACAUCAGCCUGUACAUGGAGAGCCGAAUGUGCACCGGGAUGCUUUAGAAGGUGCAAAUUUUGUCCAUAAGGUGACGCGAUUUGAAAAGUUGACCAAUGAGCAGCUUGAUGAAGUACCCGCUCUUCAAUCUCCAGAAUCAAGAUUAGAGAGACCCACUCUGAUAAAUCAGAAUUCGCCUCAGAGUCCAGAAAACAAAUCUGAUUCGAACCAAAAUUAUGUAAUCUCACCAACCUCACUAUCAUCCAAUGAGAGUUUAAAUAGUAUAAAAUCUCCAAAGUUAAGGCAACUGACAGAGACCUUGCGUACACCAAAGUUUCCCCUGGACCCCAACACAACACUAGUGUCAACUACAAGAGAGUAUAACCCCAAUACAGAGAGUGUUAAAUCUUCUAAGGAGUCCUUAGUGUUAAAAUCAUCUAAUGUUUCGUUGAAAUCAGAAAAGCAAAAACCAUUGGAAAAAGAAAGGAAAGAUACACCAAAAAGUAUUGAUAAGAAACCACUUAGUGGUCCACCUGGGAAAGCAGGACAAUCUACACCCCCUGUACACUUGGGAGAGAAAGUAUUCACAUCUGAAACUAACGUUAUUCGUGUUGCAGUCAAUGGAGAGAGAAGGGCCAGUUUUGGUGCACCUCCUAAGCCAACUGAACCAAAGCCACUAGUCAGCUUAAGACAGAAAUCUGGAUCUUGGUCAAGUAUUGCAACUUCUACGGAUAACAAAUCACACCCUGAUGUUGAGGUGGUUCCACCUAUACCACGGAAAGCACCCCCUACACCACAGUCAGCGCCACCUAUAGGCCAACGCUCUCACAACAUGGAUCUACCUGGAGUGAAACCUACUGAGGAUAGGUCCCCAACUCUUAGUGGGGCAGAGAUGUUUGCCCAAAGUUCACCUCGAGAAAAUUUCAGUUAUAAUUCUCCCCACCAUGGUGCUCUGAGUCCAUAUUCAGAGCCAUCUUUUGAGGAAUUAGAUAAUCGGUUUAGUAUAAUUAGUGUCAGUGAUAUCAAAGAUGAAGAUUUGACAGAGGAGCAAUUAAAGCUAAAACAAAAGUAUCGAGAAAUUGCUGAGCAGCGUAAACAAGAACAAGAGGCUGCUCAAGCAGAGCAACAAAGACUUGAAGAAAUACUGAACAUGUGUGCUGAAUAUGACAAACAAUUAGAUAGCCCAACAACUUGGCCAAAGAAAAGUGCUGAUCCUGCGAGUCCUGAUUCAGGCUCUUACACUGAGAGUAUUUCCUCCCUUGAAAGAAAAGCUUCACGGAUUAAAACAAAUGGCUCUUUUACUAAGCUCACCUCUCCAUGCUCACCUACUUUAUCACAUAGAGAUGCUUUUAUAUUUGACCACAAACAAAAGGGAACAUCAUCCAGUGCAUCUGAUGAUGAGGUUAAUGAUGGCUCCCUGAAACGAAAUGUUGGCUUUGUCAGUGAGGUUCACUAUAUCAAUACAGAAGGACCAACUGUUGUCAAUUACAAUGGACCUCAGAGCUCGGAUAUCGUAAGUCGUGACCAGGAAGUAACAAAACAAGAACGUAAUACAUCUAAUCACGAUUAUGAUGAUGUCUACAUCCCAGAGGAUGAAACCAAUCCUAAGAUACGUCCACAACAAAGGCACGAGUAUGACGAAGUUUACAUCCCAGAUGAUGGUGGUCACCCAAUCAUUGUACCUUCAGACAAAGAGAAUAAAGAUAAUGUGGACAGUAAGAAACCUUUGCUCUCUCCCUCUCAGAAGGGGACAUAUGACAAUAUCAGCAUUGAUGAAAACUCAGGCAAACUAAUUGUAGAUAGCUUCCAGGAGAUGGCUCACAGGGAAGAACAUGAUAGAAUUGCCAGUUUGAGCCUAAAGAUUAAGGACCUUGAACAAACUACAUCUGGCACUUUAAGCUCACCAGAUAGUGAUCCUAUGUCAAUGGAGACCAGUUCUCCAAGUCCACAGUCACCAAAGUCCCCUCCUUAUAAGGGAUGUAAGUCCCCUACUAGCAGUUACAGUGAGGCAAUAGAUUCAUAUGGGAAGAAGAAAUAUCCUGUAUCUCCUACAUCUAGUUAUAGUAAGGCAAUAGAGCAGAGCGGCACACAUUUAGAGAGCGGCACACAUAACACACAAAUGAGCACCCAUGAAAGCACACAAUCAACCACUAAGAGCAAUGAAAAUAAUGAGCCUGAUCUCCGAGUUCAGAUUGACAAGUUGAAGGGACAGCGGACUGAGUCCAUACACAAUGUGGCCUCACUGAAACAGCAGAUUAUGGAGAUAGAGGCCCAGCAGAAUGAGGCUAUUAGAGAGCUGGAGAUGGAGCGUGCCUUGUUGGAGGGGGAACAUCAAAAUGAGAUGGAACAGUUAAAGAGAGACAGGGAGAGGAUUGCAGAGCUGAAAAACCAACAAAUGCAACUGCUGGAGAAUGCAGCCAAGCAGAAAGAAAAGGAGAUGGCUGACAUAGAGAGGGAGCAUACAAAGCUACAGCAGCUAGAGGCACAGCACUAUGAGACAGAACAGCUACUAGAUGCCUGUUCCCAAGAGGAGGAGGAUGGCCUGCUAGAGAGGUACCAGCAGGAACAGGAGGCCUUGGAAACACAGAGGAAGAUAUACGAGGACCUGGAAUUCCAUCAAUUAGAGAGAGAGAGCAAGGUGGAAGAGGAGAAGGAGAUCAUGCAGAGACAGCUACUCAUGGAGCAGAAUGAACUUGUGGAGAAAUACAAGUCUAGAGAGGAUACAUUGUGCCAAAUAGAUUCUCAACAGAAAGAGAUGCUCAACCAAGUUCGUGGAGAAAUUGAAAGUUUCGAGAAAGAACGACAAAACUUGCUGGAUGAAUUCCGAAAGGAAAAAAAUAAGUUAACAAACACAGAAAGACGAAUUCGUGAUUUUUCUCGCUUACUAACUUUAUCUCCUGCGUCAUCAACUGACAGUGAUCCAGUUAAAAUGGCUGACUUUGAAGCUGAGCUGGAGAAGAUCCAUGCACCAUCUACAGAGGAGAUGAUUCGUAAGAUCCGUGCUGGUGAGGAUGGCAUAAGUGGUGUGGAGAGGAAUGUGAGAGACUCACCAGCAUUGAAGGAGAUUGAGAAACAACGGAUUCAGCAUUUAGAAAAACAAGGUGGUCAAGUGAUAGAGGAUCAGAAACGUAGACUCGUAGAGUUGAAGCACAGAGCAGCCAAUGAAGUGAGACAACAAUGGGAGGAAAAGAGACAGCGAGACUUGAAUGGAUUCCACUCACUGGACUCUGAAGACUCAAGUAUAGCAAGCACUGAGACUACACCCUCUGAGAGAGAAACUAGUGUCAGUAGUGAUGAUCAAUUAGAAAAGGUUCAUGAGAUGGAGAAGUUGCUGCAGCAAGCCCAGAAUGAGAAGGUGGCUCUCCUCCAGAAUGCUGAAUAUUCACCUGAGAUUGUACAGCGUGAGGGUGAAAUGGCUACACUACAAAUGGAGAGAAAGAAACGUGAAGAGCUGGAACAAAGAUUAAUGGAGGAAACAAUGUUACGUGAAGAACUUGUAGAAAAGGAAAUCAAAUUAAGAGAUGGCCAAAGAAAACAGGCACGUCCACUCACACGUUAUCUUCCAAUCAGGAGUAAGAACUUUGAUCUACAUCAACACAUAGAAACGGCAGGACAUCAUAUUGAGGCUUGUCCAUUUGUUCAUAUCACAGAAGACAGUUGUAGAGGCUUCCUACAAAAAAUGGGGAGUAAAUUCAAAAGAUGGAAUAAACGAUGGUUCGUCUUUGAUCGUAAAAAGCGAUCAUUUUUAUAUUACUCAGACAAAAAUGAAGUAAAACCCAGAGGAGGGAUAUACUUUCAAGCUAUAGAGGAAGUGUAUGUGGACCAUUUGAAAUCUGUGAAAAGUCCAAAUCAGAAAUUAACAUUUUGCGUAAAGACUUAUGAUCGGACUUACUUCUUAGUUGCUCCCUCCCCGGAAGCAAUGAGAAUAUGGAUUGAUGUGAUAUUCACUGGGGCAGAGGGAUACUCAGAAUACAACCAAAGUUGAAUAAUAUGUGAACAUUCAAAACAUGUGAAUGGAUGUAGGAAUUUUAAAUCAGAGGUUUCAAAGAAUUCAUAAUGUUCAAAAGAUAUGGAUAUAGUAAGGAACAUUCUUCUAUAUCAGCAGGCCUCUAAUAUGCCAAUAAAGUGACAUUAAUGAUAAUUGACCAUUUGAGGGAAAACAGAUAUUGGAUUUUACGUUCAAUCAGGAAAGCAGCUAUUACCAAGUAUCUUGUUCUACUUACCAGUAUGAAAAACUAUAUCUCAGUCUAACAUACAAUGUUUAAUCAAUUUCAUGUCUAUUAAAUAUCAGAUAUUUUU